CCUGGACAAUCAUCAGGGAAUUCUCCCAGUGCUCCCUGUAGCCAGUCCAGACUUGAGACCCAGUGGACAUACAUGCACAUUUUAUACGGACAUCUACAAGGCUUCAAAAACGCAAAAACAUGUAGGAAAGUAUAAGGGGGCCAAGGGUCACCUGCUGUACAUGGGCCCCCAUUACACCUGGCUACGCCCCUGCCUUUAAAUCCCAACUCGUGUUAAAAUGAAAGCAUCCAUAUGUGCAACAACCAGACACAAACACGAGACAUGGUUUAAAUGUGUUCUCAGUAGAAACACUGGCGCUGAUCAGUCAAGCAGAGUUUCCACCGGGCCGUUGAUUUGGUGCAAUGCGAACACUUAAAUCGUUCAUUGUGCACGCUGUCAGAUAGACAGGCGGGAGCAGCAACCUCCCACUCCUCCUAUUGAUAUAACAACCACAGGGCGGUCGGUGGGACUCGUUAGCACACAGCAGCUCGGAUGCGACUUCGAAGUGUCAUCCUCCUGCAAGUAGUCCGACCUCAGCUCACUGCAUCGCCGCUUUGACACUGACUGAAUCCCGCCCGGGGAGGAGGGGGAGAGCCUGUGUUACCCCGUCACAGUGAUCUGAACAGUGGGGAAGCUCAGACUCGGAAUCCGCUACGUCAAACAGAUUAGUCAAAUAACCUCUCGGGGUAGGACAUACCUCCAAUCUUUGGGCUUGCCGUGCUGCAUCCAUGGGCUGAGGAAGCAACAUAGUGUGACAAAUAGCCAGGAAACCUUUGGCGAAAUACAGAAGUGCACUACUUUUCUUUUUCUUUUUUGUGUGUCUGAGUGAGACGAGUGUGGUGAUCCUCCAGCAGCGUCUCUUCUUCUCUCCCCACCCCUGGUGCGAAAUGGCGAAAGAAAACGGCGAGUCCAGCGAUGGAUCUUGGAAAAAGCAUGUCGAUGAUAUCAAGAAGAUAUUUGACUUCAAGGAAGUCCUUGGGACCGGUGCGUUUUCUGAAGUGGUGAUGGCUCGGGAGAAGGCCACAGGAAAGAUGGUUGCAAUCAAGUGCAUCCCGAAAAAAGCGCUGAAGGGAAAGGAGACGAGCAUCGAAAAUGAAAUCGCUGUGCUUAGGAAGAUAAAGCAUGAGAAUAUCGUGGCUCUGGAGGACAUCUACGAGAGCUCAAACCACCUGUACCUCAUAAUGCAGCUGGUGUCUGGAGGUGAGCUGUUUGACCGCAUCGUAGAGAAAGGUUUCUACACAGAGAUGGAUGCCAGUCGGCUCAUUCGACAGGUUUUGGAUGCAGUCAACUAUCUGCACUCUAUGGGCAUAGUGCACAGAGACCUAAAGCCUGAGAACCUGCUGUACUUCAGUCCCCAUGAUGAAUCAAAGAUCAUGAUCAGUGACUUUGGCUUGUCAAAGAUGGAGGGAACAGGUGACGUGAUGGCCACCGCCUGUGGGACUCCAGGAUACGUGGCUCCUGAGGUUUUAGCUCAGAAGCCCUACAGUAAAGCUGUGGACUGCUGGUCUAUUGGGGUCAUCGCUUAUAUUCUGCUGUGUGGUUACCCUCCUUUCUAUGAUGAGAAUGAUUCAAAGCUCUUUGAGCAGAUUCUCAAGGCAGACUAUGAGUUUGACGCACCAUAUUGGGAUGACAUAUCAGACUCCGCCAAAGACUUCAUCAGCUGCCUAAUGGAAAAGGACCCAGAAAAGAGAUUCAUAUGUGACCAGGCUCUUCAGCACCCUUGGAUUGCUGGAGACACUGCUCUCUGCAAGAACAUACAUGAAUCAGUCAGUCGACAGAUGCGGAAAAACUUUGCCAAAAGCAAAUGGAGGCAAGCUUUUAAUGCGACGGCUGUGAUCCGCCACAUGAGGCGCCUGCAGCUGGGCACCAGCUUUGGCAGCAGCAUUCACAACGCCAACUCCAUUUCCAACCCUCAGAGUCGUGCUCCAGCCAAGAGCCAGUCUGUGGACUGUGCCCCGCUCUCCCUGGAGGACUGUCCUCCAAUAGAACCUUUGCCCUCUGCUGUUAAAGUGCACAAUCAGGACUCUGAUGCCUCUUCUCCUGUACGAGAGGAACCAUCUGUGGUGGCCGAGCCACCGCGGCCACGACCCUCCACUGUUACAGUCAUCCACACUGGGACUAAAUGACGCCAGGUUCCGCGGGAGGUGAGCUGGGAGACCACAGAGCUUUGAGACGGGAUACAACCAUCCCAGGCCUCAACAUCGUCGCCCAGUUCGCCCAUCCUGCAACCUUCCAUCUGUUUCUGCCAACCACGGGAGGAAUUUGAGGAGCUUCGGCUCAGCUCCAUUUACCAUGGCUCAGUACAGCACCCCCGUUGCUUCCCUUCCCACUGUCAUACAGACCUGGAAGUACAGAGGGGAAGAUGCUCACCAGAAGUUAUUGUGGAAGCCAUGUUCAGCCUGGAUCAUGGUUGUCUGGCAGAUAAACAAGCAGCUGGGAAGUGCCACACUAAAGGGAACUCUUUAUUGAAGCUGCUAUCAGUUUUGACUGUGAGCGUCUUGAGAAAAGGACGCUCCACUGUAUGCCUUUUGUAAAUAUCUUGCCUGGAAAUGUUGAGUGGAGUCAUGUUAUGCAAGUGAAAUAUAAGCUUCAAGCUGUGGUAAAUAAUUGUGACAUCUUCUGCACUCUGAACUUCUUCUUGUUGUUUUGACAGCUCUUCUUAAUUUGCUGUGGUAUUUGCUACAAUGGCUCCCAACAGUGUGACAUAUGUGUUAUCGCUCUCUCUUUGCUUUUAAAGUGUGCGGACAGGAAAUACGAGCAGGGCGGUGUGUUUCAAUCACGGCUGUGAUCGCUGACAGGGCUGGUGCGUUGCACUUAGGUAUUGGAUUAUUUAUUUUCUUACAAUAUAUUAUUUUGGAAGAAAUGUGUAAGUGUGUUAUAAGACUGGACUGGAGAGCUAUUGAAUUGGAUGAUAAAAAUACAGUAUCUAAUAGUUGUUACUUUGUAAUUGCUAUUUUAUUUGAAUUAAUUUUUUGACGUGACUGUGAAGUCCUCCUUGGCCACAGGAGGGCAACCACGUGUUGUUGCUGUGUGACCAGUUCUCAGGGAUGUGCUCCAACAUGAAGCCAACCAAACCACUCUCACUGCUAAUGAGGAUGUUGAUGAUGAUGAUAGUUGAAAAGGUAAACCUCCUGCAUAUUAUUCUAACGUACCAUUGGGAGAGUUCGAUCGAUGGUUUAUUUCUUUAAAUCCAUCAUUAUUGACAGUAUGAGUGUAAUGUAACUUGUACUGAAUGGGUUGUUUUCCCUUUAAAAACCUUGAAUUAUAUUUGGAUUUAAAGAAAAUGUUUAUCAGUGAAGUGCACAGUCGUGUCUGCAGUAAAAAUGUAAAAUGACAAA